AUGGCGGCGGUAUCUCCAUGGUCCCCAGAUACCAGCCAGCCACUCAAAAUGCUGGCCAUCAUCCAGCUGUGGGAUGACACGCUUGCAGAUCCCGUCGACAACACCAACAAGUACUUUUUUCUUUUGCUGGUCAAGCUGGGACUGGACUCGGUGCUGUUCAUCACAUGCAGCCACAAAAAGUACACCAGCUUUCUGAGCGUGUGCAGCCUGUCCAUUCUCCUGGCAGACGUCCUGUUGACAUGCCUGCUCGCAGCCGCGUGGCUUCUGGGAGCGGAGCGUUCCUUCUUGUCCGUUUGCUUCCUCUUGGCCAACGGCUCGGCAACAUUUGGAGCGCUGCCGCUGCCCAUGAUGUUCCUCGGUUCGCUGGAUUACUACUUGGAUGACGUGUGGGCGAGGAAGCACACAGCGCGCUGGCGAGUGCUCAGGAAUGUGGUCCUCACCCUGCUGGUGUGGCUGCAAGCCGCCGUCUACGCGGCGAGAUCCGUCAGCACGGAGCUGGUCGAACUGGCUUCGGCGUUUGGGCCGAAGGCGCUGGUAUGCGAGGUGCAAGAGUCCUCUCUAGUCACCACUUUCAUUUUGGGACUUUUCCUGGUGUCGCUGUUUGCCCUGCUGCCGUUCUUCUCCAGCAUUCCCCGCUGGGUGAAAGAGGCCGAGACCAUGUACGAGGCCAGGGAGAAGCAGCGCGGCGAGACCAGCGACCUGUUCCUCGCUGCGCCGCAGCGCAGGGAAACGGAGGCCAGCGGGGAGAAAUACGCCGAGAGCGACAGGCCGCCCCUGUGGCUCAGCCUCACGCUGAGCUUCCUGGUGUUUUGGAUGCCUUAUCUCGGGGUGUCGGUGGCUUGUCUGAUCUGCGGCUUUUUGGUGCCAGCGUACGUCUCCGUCAACCUCCUCUGGCUGGAGUGCACCAACAGUUUCCUGGCCGGUGUGACGUUCUGGAUGAAGAGCAAGACAAGAGGCCCCCACAGCAACUUGCCAGAAAGUGUGUGCUUGUGGAAGAUCUACUGGCAUUUGAGCCAAGGCAGGCAACUGUCUCAGCUGCCAGCAGCCACGUUUGACAAACGGUCAUUCCUUGUGUGA